AUGCGCCCGUGUGUCUUGGAAAUCGAGAGGCACGGUCAGGUUCAGAUGGCGGUAUCUCCGGCGGCUGGUCGCGCGAUGGCGCCUCGCAGUACUCCUUGCUCUCUUCGCCUUUCCUGGAAUGCUGAAUCGCUGCGCGUGUUGAAGACGCCUUCUCGGCGUCAAAUUUCUAGUCGCAGCUGCGGAGCGGACCGCAAGCGCCGAACGAAGGAGGCGGAAAAGGCGGGGCGACCAGGUGGCUGCGCCGCCUCCCGCGCCGCCUUUCUCCUCCUGUCUCUCGUGUGUGUCUCUUCUCUCCCUUGCGUCCUUUCCUCGGAUUCCACAUCUUCUCUCUCGGAUGCUGACGACCUGCUGACCCCAGAGGCUCUUGCAGGUGCCGCGCGGUCUGCCUCGCCCCUUGCCGAAGCUGAAGAGAACAUGCCGAGCGUCAAGCACACAAAUGAGGCUGAAAACCCCUCUUCUCCCUCGCCUUCCGAUCCUUCUCCCUCGCCUUCCGAUCCUUCUCCCUCGCCUUCUGAUCCUUCUCCCUUGCCUUCUGAUCCUUCUCCCUUGCCUUCUGAUCCUUCUCCCUUGCCUUCUGAUCCUUCUCCCUUGCCUUCUGAUCCUUCUCCCUUGCCUUCUGAUCCUUCUCCCUCGCCUUCCGAUCCUUCGCCCUCGCCUUCCUCUGCUGUCUCUUCUGCCGCUGCUUCACAAGGUGGUGAAGCGAGUCCAUCUCGAAAAGAGAGACCGAAAAGGAGACGCACCUACGGACAAGAGGAGGACUGCUGCAAAAAGAAGUCGGCCUCGGGCGAGAUCCCGGCAUCCAGUGCUGGAGAGGAGCCGCCUUCCGAAAGUGCAGAGAAGAAGUCUUGCUGCAAAAAGAAGAAAUCUGGCGGUAUCUCAGCGUCCAGUGCUGGAGAGGAGCCGCCUUCCGAAAAUGGAGAGGUGAAGUCUUGCUGCAAAAAGAAGGCAGCCGCCAGCGAGGGUGCAACUCACGUUGCUGCGGAGGGACACAAAUCGUCCUGUUGCGGCGUCAUGCCCAUGUCUUUCCAAAACUCUUUCCACACGGUGAUUCUCUUCCACUCAUGGGAGACACUCGAGCGAUGGCAGUACGUCCUGUCGAUUCUUGCCUGCGUCGUUCUCGGCAUGAUUUCCGUCGUUUUGAAGGUGAUUCGUCUUCGCAUCGAGUACUGUCUUGCGAAACGAGAUCGCGCAGCCGCCGAGAAGGCGAAGAGUGGCGAGAGAGACGGUGGCGGUGUCGGGAACGAACCUGCCUCGCUGUCGGCCUCGGUUUUCUCGCGGCGCCGCGGAGGCUUCCCGGUCGUGCAGAACGCCUGGCGGAUGGUGGAGGCGUUCAUCAUCUACGGCUACGACUACCUUCUCAUGCUGAUCGUCAUGACGUACAAUGUAGGCCUCUUCUUCGCCGUCACUCUCGGCCUCGCCCUCGGCUUCUUCUUCUUCGGCCACCGCCUCAGAAUUCCAGAAGGCGCGGGCGGAAAAAACGACCUCGAGGAGGACUACCGCGGGGAUCCGUGCUGCUGUGGGACGUAA